AUGAAACUGUCAAAAUAUGAAGAAAAACAAAACAAAUCUGAAAGAACUUCAAGGAAUUUCUUCAUUCUUACUCGUAUUUUAUCUUCAACAUUCGCAACGAUCAUUACUCUUCUGAGCAUGUUUUGGGAAAAAUUAAAAUUAGACUUCGAGUGUGAAAGAUUGCCAUUAAAACUUCUUACAUCGCAAUGGCAAAAUGGUGAAAGAUCAAAGAGUUAUGUUUGGUAUCGAUGGAUCAUUGCCAUGUUCUAUGCUUUUUCGUUCAUCAAUUCAGUGAUUUCAUCAAUUAGAAAGAAUGAAACGACAAUUGUGAUGUUCAUUUUCCUAUCAAGAUGGAACUUGUUGGGCACAUUUAUAGCGACAACAUUAGGCGCUUAUCUUUCAACUCGAUAUUAUUACAAUCGCAGCAAAAUGGAAAAAGGAAAUGUUAAAAAAUUGGCAUUCUACUGGUUUUUGUAUAACAAUUCAGUUGUUAUUGCAAUGGUCAUCAGCAUCGUUUACUGGACAGCAUUAUCAAACGAACAUGAAGAAAAUGACUUAAACAACGUUCUAAUGCACAUUACAAAUUCUCUCGUGUUACUUGUUGAUAUUUUAAUUAUUCAACAUCCUUAUCGUUUUUCACAUAUCAUCUAUCCAAUGUUUUGCUGUACGCUUUAUGCUUUAUUCACAUUGAUUUAUCCAUUCGCUGGUGGAGUUGAUCAUCUGGGAAGGAACUUUGUUUAUCCAGUUCUCGAUUGGAAAACUAAACCGAGACAAUCACUACUCGUUGCAUGUGGUAGUGUUUUAAGUGUUAGCAUUAUGCACAUAAUUAUUUGCAUAAUUCACAUGAUAAGAGUCAAAAUAUUUGACAUUUUUGUAAAAAGCAAAAAGAUGUUUACUGACCAAGCACUUCCGAUUAUACAUUUUAAAUAA